AUGGCCGGUCUCGAAUCGGCUAAUCCGGUAGAUAUUCCUCUUGAGGUUAAUGUCAAAUAUCAUCGUGAUGAUGGUGAUCUUUUUCCUGAUCCCUUAUUGUAUCGACAACUUGUGGGUAGCCUCAACUACCUGACUAUUACUCGCAUUGACAUGCCUUUUGUUGUUCAACAAUUGAGUGUCUAUAGUGAUGUUGAUUGGGCCGGAUGUCCUGAUACUCAUCGAUCUGCUACUGGUUGGUGUAUGUUUCUUGUUUCUUCAUUGAUCUCUUGGAAAAGUAAGAAGCAAGCAAGAGUUUUAAAUCUUCUACUGAAUUAG